AUGAAAUAUGAAAAGGAGGAGGGACAUCCUAUUUGUGGACACAGGUUUACCUCGGGAUCUGUUGGAUCGAGUAAAGGCUGAUAGGAAGUAAAUUUUCUCUCUUAAUCAUUGACUUCGUGAUGCAGUUCAGUACAAAAGUCGCUCUGUCCCUCACUUCUUUUGUCACAGUCCUGGCUUCCACCAUCGCCAGUGAAAAGACAUGUGCUGGUGUAGAGCUCGCUGGACCUGCAGACAAGACGAUUGAAGUAAACGAUGAUGGGUACGUCCACAUCAGCUGUGUGCUGACUACAGACAAAUGUACAAAGAGCCCUGAGUGGUUCCGACUGAAGAUAUCAACGUUUGUGAAAAGCCCACCUUCUCCUUUCUGUACAAUUGUUUGUAAUGGAAGCACCUGCAGUCUUACUGAUCAGUCACUCACAUGUCAUUGUUUAGUAUACAAAGAUCAGAAGUUUGUGUCGGUUUACAAGAAAAUCAAGGACUUGGACAAAGUAAUCAUUCUGACAUUGACAGAUUCAUCAGUGAAGACGGAAACCGCCAUCUGGCUUAAUGUGACCCGUAAGGAAUGGAUAGACUCAAGAAACAAAAGUAGUUUGGUAAACAGGACAGACACAUUGCCCAUAGAGACAGGAAACUUCAUAAGCGCUGAGAAAUUUAUACCGUCUAUAAUCAUCGGCUCCUGCGGGAUUGUGGUUGUUGCUGUCGUUGGGGUCGUUAUGAUAAAACGAAGACGUGGAGGGCAAAAAGUGGAGACCCUCGAAUUUAAUAUAAAUGAGGAGGAGAAGUAUCAUUACCUUGAGAUCUGCCAUGAUCCCCGAGACAGCGCAGUGAGGAAAUGACAGAAGCUGGAUGCUCACCCACCAGGACUCUUACAGUCUGCAGUCGUUAGACAGAGAGAUUAAACACAAUUUUUUAAAACCGUUUUGAGCGAUUACUGACUAGGUAAAAGGUUGUAAAGGAGCACAGGUUUUGUAUUGUUCCCUAAAAGUUAUAAUAAAACUAACAUUUACAAGUUUUUGACAUUGUCAUCACAGCAAAAAAAAACAAAAAAAAAACACGUAAGAAAAUAUAUUAUUCAGCUUCUUUUAAAGCUUUCAUUAUCUCCGUCUGUUUGCAGAUGAGUGUGGUGAAGAUUAGGUACAGAUUACAAGGCCGUGGAGAACACAAUUGUAGGACAAAUUGUAGUUGAUAGCGCGGUGAUUGAACCACCUGCCUUCUGGACAAUGACAAUUUGUACAUUAGCUUUGUCAUGCAUCACUCUGGAUGUGACAUAAAACUUUUUGUGUGGCUGACAAUGAUUGUGUGUGUGUGCUCGCGCAUGCGUACGUACGUGUGAUUGUGCGUGAAUACUGUACAUUGUGUCUUUUUGCUUUUUUGUUUAAAACUGCAUUUGAAGCCUUCCCCGGAAAGUUGCUUGCUUCUUUUCUUGUACGUAGAGGGAUCUGAACAUGUUUUGGGAAAUAACGCGAAACUGUGACUAUAAACCACAGAGAUAAAUAAUGAUUAAAAAGCAGCGGGAAAUGUAUUGAAUUCAGAUCGUUCCACUUUUAGUUCCUCAUUGUGCUCACUUAAGAUAAAACAGAGAGGUCAGUAGAGCAAAGUUAUAUUAUAUCGACAUCCAUGCCCCGAUCCCAUGGGAAGCGGAUGGCCGAUUGGUUCAAUUCCCGACUAGCGCAGCAAAUUUCUCCCAGUCGACCCAGCUGGAAGAAAAAAAGAUAUCUGACUUGAUAGAUGGUUGUGUACAUAAAGCAGUGAGGGAGAGGAGAUGGACACCGCCAUUACGAAAAGCUGCUCCCGAGAGAGAGGUCUCUAUCACCUCACCCCCUCCCUAUCCCCCAACGCCCCACAAAGGUUAGGAGAUGACCUUUACUUUACUACCAUCGUAUUUAUAAGGAAAAUGCACUCUUUGUAAGAUUUUAACCUCGCAGUAACUAUUGUUUGUAACUCGUUAAUAUAUUUUAGCCAUUGCUGUGCCUUUUAUAAAUAAAUCACGUGUUUUGGUUAAAACCUC